GACACUGGCCUUUUCCGGGUCGGAGGCGUGGACGAGAAUCACUUCCUGUGACGCCGCGCGCCACUUCCUCCUCAGCUCGCCGUUGGGUCGGUGGGGACACACGCGGCCUCAACAUGCGUAUCGAGAAGUGUUAUUUCUGUUCAGGGCCCAUCUACCCCGGCCACGGCAUGAUGUUCGUCCGCAAUGAUUGCAAGGUAUUCAGAUUCUGUAAAUCCAAAUGUCAUAAGAACUUUAAAAAGAAGCGUAAUCCUCGCAAGGUCAGGUGGACUAAAGCAUUCCGGAAAGCAGCUGGCAAAGAGCUUACAGUGGAUAACUCAUUUGAAUUUGAAAAACGUAGAAAUGAACCUGUCAAAUACCAGCGAGAACUAUGGAAUAAAACUAUUGAUGCAAUGAAGAGAGUUGAAGAGAUCAAACAGAAACGCCAAGCUAAAUUUAUAAUGAACAGAUUGAAGAAAAAUAAAGAGCUACAGAAAGUUCAGGACAUUAAAGAAGUCAAGCAAAACAUCCAUCUUAUCCGAGCCCCUCUUGCAGGCAAAGGAAAGCAGCUGGAAGAAAAAAUGGUACAGCAGUUACAACAGGAUGUGGACAUGGAGGAUGUUUCUUAAAAAUCUUACUCUAUAAUCAUUUCUAUGUGUACAUUUGAAAAUCUCCUUUGGAGACUUAGAAUUUAAUUCUAAAUAAUUAAUUUUUAUAUAAGGUCACUGAAGUGAAAGGUGAUUACAAAUACUGUUCUCCUACAUUGCUAUCUGCAAAGCAUCAGAUUAUGGAUGUUAGAUUGCACCUCAUUGUAAUGUCUUCAUUGAUAGACAUGCUUAUGUAAAUCAUGAAAAUUCUGUUUAUAAAUGCACAAGUGGAUUGUGGACAGAAUGGUCAUGCCUUUUGGAUAAUGGCACUAGGCAGCAUUUUUGUAAUAAAUAAUUACAAAAAUUCAUGGCCAUUGAUAGGUAAAAUCAAAUUUUCUUUGCAGUAAAAUGUUCCCUUUAUUAUGUUAUAGAAGGGAGGAUACAACAAGGAACUAACAAUUUGUAUGGCAAUCUCAAAAUCUUUAAUUUUUAUUUUAGUAUUUUCUGUUUUGAUUUAUUAGCCUAAAGGAGCAUAAUGGCCAAAUACCAUGAAGCCUAGUUAUGCUAAGCUGUUUUGACCUGGUUUACCUGUUCUUGGCAGGUAGUUGUGAGUGUUUGUGAGGAGAGCUGACUAAUCUUUACUUGAAAUGGCACUAUAUUAUUUCUGCUUUAGAGAAUACUCAGUUCUAAUUUGUGAUUCCUGUUAGAGCAAGCUCCCUUCCUUCUCCCCCUGAUGUAGAAGCAAGGAAAUCCUAGUGUCUUAAAAUUUGUUUCGGAGUUUUCUUUCUUUUUAAAAACAGGUUCUUAAUUGUUAUGGAAUAUAGAAUUUAUGGGUAUAACAUCUGCCCAUUAUUUAUACAUAAAAUAAAAACAUUUUUAGUGUGUGCCUAUAUAUUAUUUAAAGAUACUAAAAAAAGUAUGAGGUAUUUUUACUUGGAAGAAAAUAACUUUCUUUACACAUGCUACUGUAUUAGGAAAUAUAGUUAAUUAAAGAGAAAUAUAUGCUUAGUAUUUUGUGUUUCUGUACUUUUAUAUUAUUAUGACUAAGUGUGUUAAGGAUAUUGAAUAAUAGGUUAUCUUUUUUCAGGGAAGAAAUUAGAAUACAUUACAGAUGCUUAGGGUAACAAAGUGAUGGCUAAUUUUUAAUUUUAGUGUCAGGUAGUAAAAAAUUAAUCAGUCUCUGGACCAACUGUUAGAAGACCUGAAUUCCAAUGUGGUUUUGCCUUUGUGUUCUUAUUUAUAAUAAAAAUAUGGCAUAUUUGUAAAUAACAUUAUUGAUGUGAAAAUUAUAGGUGAGGAAAGGUAUUUCUUGAGAUGUUUUCCUAUAUACUGUAUUUGUUUUAAUAUGAGCAUGUUUAAAAUUACAUACUGUUAGGAAGCAACUUUUCUACCUUCCUAUGUAGGGAGGAAGCUGCUGUUGCUUUGAGACAAUCAGUUUUGGAAAUUGGUUGAAUUGAAGAACUGAUGUACUUAGGUUUAGCAUCCUGACAGUUCUCUGCAUCAUCAGGAUUUCACAGUAUUUUGAGAACCCAGAUCUCAUUCUAAACUAUAUGGAUUUACAUGCCACAGUUCUCUCUCUCCUUUCCUCUGAGUUUGGUUGGAUCACUGAGAAGAGUUGGCCAACCCUUUAAAAACAUGGCUUAUGCUUGCAUGGUAUGAUACUUUUAGGCUGCUUCUAUUUCAGCUUAUCUGGCUGAGACCUCUGCUGAGCAGUUAGCAUAACACAAAAGUAUCAAAUUUUCUCGACACUUCCUACACACUUUUAUAUUCUUUAUUUGUUUAAGAAAAUAUAGGAUUGGAAUCAUGGGAAGGGAUAUCCUUCCUACAUUCCUUCUGAUACUUUUAAGAAUGUAGAAAGAAAACUUCCAUGUUAAAACAAUUUCUUGAAAAUAGAAAUCUUGGCUGGUAGCACACUUGCCUAGCAUGUAUGAGGCACUGGGUUCAAUUCUUAGCGCCGCAUAUAAAUAAAUAAAGGUCUAUCAACAAUUAAAAAAAUAUUUUUUAAAAAAUAGAAAUCUUAAGAAGGUGUUUAUCCAGUAGAUAGGAAUUCAAGAAGGGCCAGUCCACUUCACAAUAUCCCACAAAGUAGAUAUCGUGAUUUUCAUUUUGUUGAUGAAAAAAUUUGAGGUCUUUACCACACAGCUAAAAAGAUGGAGGAGAUAGGGACUUGUGUUCACAUAAGUCUGUUUACAGAGUUGCUCUGCUAUACGUGGAAAGGACUUAUUCAGUCUCACAUGAUUGCUAACAGAAGACUCUGCAAGUUAUUUGAGUAACAUUUAACUUGAUUUUGACUUAGUUUCUUUAUCUGAAAAAUAUAAUAAUGGGCUCAACCUUAGGAUUGUAAGAAUUCAAUUAGGAAAUGUACUUCAAGCCACCACCAUAGUAAAUUAGUUAAAAUAUUAGCUUUUACACCUAUUGUGUGAAUUCACAGCAGCAGUUGACUCAGGACAGAGGUGGAGGUAUUAGGGUUUGGGAUAGCUGUGGUUAAAUUGAGUAUGGUGUACUUAAUCCCAAUGUCAAUUUUAGUCUUUAAAUUAGCCAGAAAGUUAAAUUUCUAUGAAGAGCAUCUUGUUUCCCAUUCUUUGAAGAGUGGGAGAGGGAGUACAUUACUGGUUCCUCUUAGUAAUUUAAAAAGAUGAAUAUCCAUAAUUUUAGGGGGUGAUUUAAGUAAUAUAAGGGAUAUUCUUCCUCCCUCCCUGUCCUUCAGCUUAUGUUUUAAAAGGAGAUCUGGGAAAAGGCAUCAGUUUACUCUCUCAUAGAUUGUGUCAAUUCUAAUAUGAAUGAGGACUACUUUGUAAAAGUUAACAUAGUAGCUUGCUGAAUUAAGUGUAUUCAAAGAUAAGGGGGAAAAUCAAUAUUAACUCAUUUUGUAUCAUCCCAGAUGUGGAAUACCUAUAAAAACUUCAAUACAGUAUAUGAUGUACAAUAUGUAAUUACAUAAUGAUUAUUAGUGUUAAUAUAUGUAAGCUCUAGAUUAUAACUUCCUAUCUAUUUUAA